AUGAAUAAAAAUAUGAAUGCUUUCAAAUCCUUAUAUUUUUUGACGUUUCUCUUUAUGAGCAGUGUCUUAGCUGCCAAUUUACCAAAGCUUACAAACAUUUGUCAGAUUCCAGAUAAUGUCAAGAAGACUAGUGGUUUCAAAGGUGAAAUCAGAAGAAUUGGGUUGUUCCCACCUGGGGGCGAUUACACUUACUUAUUAAAGUUCCCAAGCACUGGCUCUACUGCCUCUGACACUAUAUCUUUGACUACAAAACCCCAGCUAUCUACUAGUGGAUGGUUCCCAUCAUUGUUUGGGCACACUUACUUUAUUAAAGCCGAUUUGUUAGUUUAUAUGGUAGCAUACUUUGUCCCAACUGAAACUGGUGAAUAUACAUUCAAAUUAGUAAACUCUGAUGAUGCCGCUGUUAUGUAUGUAGGUAAUCCAUCUGCUUUCCCUUGUGGUAGCAUUGACACUUGGCCAGAACCUAGAAAAGAAGACAUUAAUGUUUGUGACAAGAUUAGUGCAAGUACUAAACUUUACAUGGAAAAAGGUCUAGCAUAUCCUGUUAGACUGGUAUGGUACAACGGUGGUGGUGACGGCCAGUUUAAUGCACAAUUCAUUGAUCCAUCUGGUACAACUCACACAGACUGGAAUGGAUAUGUUUGGCAAUAUGAUGCAUGCACAGACUGUGACUAUAAACCAAUCCCAGAUGCAUCAACAACGACUAGUGCUGGUUACGUUUUGAGCACAACCACAACUAGAACAUCAGAAAGCAGUUACACUGAUGUUAAUGGUUAUGCCACCGCUGAAGAUUUCUUUUGGGAAGAAAUUCCAACAUCUACUGAAUCAAUUAGUAUUCCCGAUCCUACCACAUCUUCAUUUACCAAUUCUAAGGACUAUGGAGAAGAGAUCAUCUCAUUUUACAGCACUACGGCCUCUAAUGGGAAACCAAUUACUGGCACAACCACAACCACAGUAAUCCACACAUAUGAUCCAUUAAGUAUUCCUGAUCCUAUCACAUCUUCGUUUACCAAUUCACAAGAUUACGGUGAGGAAAUCAUUUCAUUCUAUAGCACCCAUGAAGCUAAUGGUAGACCAAUAGUUGGAUCCACCACAACCACAGUAAUCCACACAUAUGAUCCAUUAAGUAUUCCUGAUCCUAUCACAUCUUCGUUUACCAAUUCACAAGAUUACGGUGAGGAAAUAAUUUCAUUCUAUAGCACCAAUGAAGCUAAUGGUAGACCAAUAGUUGGAUCCACCACAACCACAGUAAUCCACACAUAUGACCCAUUGAGUAUUCCUUCGCCCACAACAUCAUCCUUUACUCAUUCUGAUGAAUAUGGUGAAGAAAUCAUAUCGUUCUAUAAAACUAAUGAAAAGAAUGGCAAACCCAUUAUAGGCUCAAAUACCACUACAGUUGUUCAUCCAAUUGUUCAUUCAAGUUCUGUAUCACCUCUUUCAUCAAAAAAUCAAGCCGCUUCUUCGAAUAGAGCUUCCAUGGUGAACUCAACUAUUACCCAUGCAUCAACGACAGUUAUGAGUGAUUCCAUUAUUACCUCGACUAGUACUACAUGGUAUUCCUCUGAUGAUUGGAGGGUGGAAGAAAUUGUAUCCUGGUAUGGAACUACUGAUGCAUACAACCACACUGUCCAAGGUGUUGGCACUGCGUACUUCAGAGAUAGAGUCGAUGCAUUGCCUGUAAUGGUUAAUUCUUCUGAAACUGUUUCUACCUCAAGUCAAUCGAGCUCAACAGCGUCUGAAACGUCAUCAUCUUCUAUAAGCUCUUCAAAUACUUUGAACAUGCCAACUUAUCGAAAUGUAUCUGAUAAUAAUGUACCACCACUCUCACCAAGUCAGGUUUAUACUACUGUUACAACUAAAUCUACCUCAUAUAGCCGCAUUACUAUAACAAGUUGUGAUGACAUGGCUUGUAACGUUAUCACCACAACUACCAGUGAUGUGGUCACAUUGACAACAACUUAUUGCCCAGAAACUGCUAUGAAUGAAAUGCAUGCAAGCUCACCAGAUUCUGCAUCAGCCUCAUCAGGUAAUAACGAUUUGACUAAACAAGUGUCACAAUCGGCUAUUACUACUGUAAUAAAUGGUAUGACUGUGACAACUGUAACUGAUUGUCCUGAAUCAUCAAGCGUGUCAAGUUCUGCAAGUGCUGUACAAAAUGCCAAUGUAAACACUGGUUACGACAACAAAAUACCAACAAUAGACGUCAUUAAAACUUUUAAAACUACAGUUACAAUCAUUGAGACACCAGACCAGCCAAACACUCAAAACAUACCUUCCAAGAUCGAUACCACCAGUACCAAAACAGAGACAGUAGUUGUAACAGAAAAAGAUAAUGGUAAUGUAGCCUCGACGAAAAUUGCCGGUGACCACGGCUCUAUUGUUACCAGAAGUACAACUAAAGCAUCUGGCGCUCAAAUACAUUCUGAUACAACUUUAUCACAUGUAAGAGCAGAAACCACAACUGAUAAAACUGGAUUCCAAUACUCAGCACCAAGUAACCAUGUGGUUCAACAGACUGUUAAUGGUGCUGAUAUGAUUACUGCGAAGUCCGCAAACUUCUUUACGGCUGUGUUCAUUUCAUUGCUAUGGUAUUUUAUCUGA